AUGGUCGAUAAGGAUAUCAAACUUGUCGAUGUAGUCCAGGUGAUGUUAGUUCGCCUAGUUCUCCCUUGCCAGCGCCGAGCUUGCAAUUUGUGGGAAUACGACCCAGCCGAGCACCAGACCCUACGGGAGCUCUACGGUUCCUCCCACAAUGACAUCUGGAAGGUGCUCUUCAAAUCUGGCAAAUUGUGGCCGGACUCUGCCAAGCACCGCGGGUAUCAAUUAUCCCGCUCUGCAAGUCCGGAAUGGACUAAGAAGGCGGGGCGGAUACACUUUCCGGCCCCGCUGCCGGAGGAACUAGUAGGACUUCUUCUGACGAAGAUGCUGGUCCCAGCGCCUUACGAGGCACCGAAGAAAGAGGCCUCCAAGAAAGUCAAGAAGACCCGGAGUGGCCUCUGUCACCGCGACGCUUCGGACGCAAAAUCCGAAGACUCCAGCGAUGAUCCCUCCUCCGAAGACGAAGAGGAGGAGGAAGAAGACGAGUCCUCCAUGGGGGAAGGGAAGAAAAGGACGGCUUCCUCAUCCCUGGAGGCCGAAUUGCCAAAGAGGAGAAAAAGUUCCCUCCCGGAGGCGUCCACCACGGCUGCCCAUAGCAGGCCGGAGGGGGAUCCCAGGGCCCAGCCCCUGGUAAACCCGGCGAGGUCCCGCUCCGGCCAGCCUACAUCGGAGGAUUCGCUGAGCUCAGACGCUCUGGAGAGCGAGACGCCUCCAGAGGCCUCUUCCCCGGAGCCUAGGCGCGACACCGAGGUGUCGUCUCAGCGGGACCUGGACCAUGGAGAGCAUAUCUCUGGGGCCGGAUACACGGGAGCAGCGGUUCCUAUGCUUGUCAACGGCGAGGGCGAUCGUAGAUCCAGCCCGCAGCCGGACACGGUCCUGGAGACCUUGAAGGCUCCAGGAUCGGGAGAGCAGCCACCUUUGAUGGGGGGCCUGCCCGAUCCGCCAGCCACCUCUGUCCAAGCAGAGUUGCCGGGCGGCCUAUUGACAGCACUGAAGAAUGCGUCUAUCGUCGAUGAGCACCGCGCCCUUAUGUGUGCGGUGAUUGAAAAGAUUCAGUUCGCAGAGAGCGGUCUGAAUGAAUCCUGCCUUAGCAUUAUAAAAGGCCUUGAGACGUCUGCAGCGACGACCGCUUCUCAUCAUGUAGAGGUGUCCGGACUAAAGCAAAGUCUGGAAUGGGCCGAAGAAGAACUUGUCCGCGUGAAGAAGCAGUUGGAGGACAGGCAAGGAGCUAGUGCCGAAAUUGAGGCAUUGAAGAAGGCCGUGGCCGAAGCCAACAAGAAGGCCGCCGCAGAGCAGGCUCUUCGCGAGAAGCACGAGGCCAGGGUCGUUGAAGCUGAGCGUGAUCUCCAGGACGCCGUGAAGAAAAGCGAGACCUUAGAGCAGAUUCUAGCGGAAAAAGAGUCCGAACUCGCCCAAGCUCUCCAAGCCGCAAAUGAUGCUCGGGAAGAAGCCCGAGGUGCUCUGAAGGACAUUCAGGAGGCAUGGAGGAUUGCAGCUGGGGCACUUGCGGACCUGCCGCGCAGUAUAUCUGACGCUGCCCAAUUAUACCGGACUGAGGAGAAGAAGUCUGCGGAGAAGCAUUUCUGGUCACAGUAUUUGGCGCCGAAUUAUCAGGAGGUGCUCAUCACCACGAACCAGGCAAUCGGACUAUAG